AGGAUGCAGUCGGCUCUUCUCUUCCUGUUUCUUCUUCUGUUGUGUUUUUCUCCAGCCGACGGUCAGGGACAGUUGGAGGCUUUGUUCCCCGACCCCCCCAGGACAGGGGACCCCACCGCGGCCCCCCCCCCGGCGCUCCCCGUCCUCUGGGACGAGCUGCAGGGUCUGAGGGAUCUGGUGCUGAGCCUGAAAGCCGUGGCGGUGGAGCAGCGCCAGGCGCUGCGCGGCGUGGAGAGCCGGCUGAGGGACGGCGAGCUGGAAGCCGAGCGCCAGAGACGCAGCGUGGACGCGCUGCGAGAGACGACGGGCCGCCAGACACGCAGCGUGGACGCCCUGCAGGAGGCGGCCGUCCAGCAGGGGGAGCAGCUGAGCAGCACCGCGGCGAGGACGGAGGCCGACAGGAAGCUGCUGACGGAGCUGAACUCAGAUCUGAGGAGGAGGCUGGAGGAGCUGCAGGAAAAGAGCCGAGUUCGAGACGGGGAGUUUUCGGCGCUUCGGUUCAGACUGAACAGCAGCGAGAGCUCGCUGGACGACCUGCAGAGGAAGAGCUCAGCGCUGGAGUCCAAGCUGCCGUUUCUGCUGACCAGACUGAGAGCGAGCGAGAGCACCGUGGAACAGCUGAGGAGGAAGAGUUCAGUGCUGGCGGUGAGACUGUGUCACACUGAGAGUCUGAUGGAGGAGCUGAGGAUUCAGACCUCAGCAUUCCCGGCUUCCAACGGCUCAUCUGGGACUGAAGCGUCACACACACGAGCUCUGCAUAGUCGACUGAACUCGCUGGAGGAAAAACUGAACUCUUCUGCCAAGAGACAGGAACUCAGCUUCAUACAAGACGCGGUGUCAGAGAUCGGCAGCAGACUGAACUCCAGCCAGCUUCACCUGCAGCUUCAGCUGGACGAGCUCAAGAGAAACUCUGCAGCUAUGGAGGUCAGACUGAGUGACGAUGAGACACAGCUGGAAGAUCUGAAGACAGAAAACACAGUUCAGUCUGAUCAACUUUCUUUGAUGGAGUCCAGACUGACAGACGGACACAACAACACUACAGCUCUGGAGGUAAGACUGAGAUCCACUCAGACACAGUUGGAACAGCUGGAGAAUCACACUGCAGCUCUGGAGGUCAGACUGUGUGACGAUGAGACACAGCUGGAAGAUCUGAAGACAGAAUACACAGAGCUGGAGGUCAGACUGAGUGACAGCGAGAAACAGCUGGAAGAUCUGAAGACAGAAAACACAGAGCUGGAAGUCAGACUGAGUGACAGAGAGAAACAGCUGGAAGAUCUGAAGACAAAAAACACAGUUCAGUCUGAUCAACUUUCUUUGAUGGAGUCCAGACUGACAGACAGACACAACAACACUACAGCUCUGGAGGUCAGACUGAGUGUCGGUGAGAAACAGCUGGAAGAUCUGAAGACAGAAAACACAGUUCAGUCUGAACAGCUUUCCUCGUUGGACACCAGACUGAAUAUCACACAGAAGAACACUACAGAGCUGGAGGUCAGACUGAGUGUUAGUGAGAAACAGCUGGAAGAGCUGAAGACAGAAAACUCAGAGCUGGAGGUCAGACUGAGUGACAGCGAGAAACAGCUGGAAGAUCUGAAGACAGAAAACACAGUUCAGUCUGAUAAACUUUCCUUGAUGGAGUCCAGACUGACAGACGGACAAAACAACACUACAGCUCUGGAGGUAAGACUGAGAUCCACUCAGACACAGCUGGAACAGCUGGAGAAUCACACUGCAGCUCUGGAGGUCAGUCUGAGCGACGAUGAGAGACAGCUGGAAGAUCUGAAGACAGAAAACACAGUUCAGUCUGAUAAACUUUCCUUGAUGGAGUCCAGACUGACAGACGGACAAAACAACACUACAGCUCUGGAGGUAAGACUGAGAUCCACUCAGACACAGCUGGAACAGCUGGAGAAUCACACUGCAGCUCUGGAGGUCAGACUGAGUGACGAUGAGAGACAGCUGGAAGAUCUGAAGACAGAAAACACAGCUCUGGAGGUCAGACUGAGUGACAAUGAGAAACAGCUGGAAGAUCUGAAGAUAGAAAACACAGCUCUGGAGGUCAGACUGAGUGUCGGUGAGAAACAGCUGGAAGAUCUGAAGACAGACAACACAGUUCAGUCUGAUAAACUUUCCUUGAUGGAGUCCAGACUGACAGACGGACACAAUAACACUACAGCUCUGGAGGUAAGACUGAGAUCCACUCAGACACAGCUGGAACAGCUGGAGAAUCACACUGCAGCUCUGGAGGUCAGACUGAGUGACGAUGAGACACAGCUGGAAGAUCUGAAGACAGAAAACACAGCUCUGGAGGUCAGACUGAGUGACAGCAAGAAACAGCUGGAAGAUCUGAAGAAAGAAAACACAGAGCUGGAGGUCAGACUGAGUGACAGCGAGAAACAGCUGGAAGAUCUGAAGACCAAAAACACGGUUCAGUCUGAUCAACUUUCUUUGAUGGAGUCCAGACUGACAGACGGACACAACAACACUACAGAGCUGGAGGUCAGACUGAGUGUCAGUGAGAAACAGCUGGAAGAUCUGAAGACAGAAAACACAGUUUUCAGUGUCAGACUGAAUGAAACAGACGAAAUUCUGCAGCAGCUCAAAAACACAGACUCAGAGCUGGAGGUCAGACUGAGUGUUAGUGAGAAACAGCUGGAAGAUCUGAAGACAGAAAACACAGUUCAGUCUGAUCAACUUUCUUUGAUGGAGUCCAGACUGACAGACGGACACAACAACACUACAGAGCUGGAGGUCAGACUGAGUGUCAGUGAGAAACAGCUGGAAGAUCUGAAGACAGAAAACUCAGUUUUCAGCAUCCGACUAAAUGAAACUGACGAAAUUCUGCAGCAGCUCAAAAGCACAGACUCAGAGCUGGAGGUCAGACUGAGUGACAGUGAGAAACAGCUGGAAGAUCUGAAGACAGAAAACACAGUUUUCAGUGUCAGACUAAAUGAAACUGACGAAAUUCUGCAGCAGCUCAAAAGCACAGACUCAGGUGAGCUGAAGGUGGCGUUCUCGGCCGGUCUGACCGAUUCAGGGUCAGUCGGACCGUUCGACACGGAGGCGACUCUGAUCUUCUCCAAAACCAUCACCAACAUCGGCCGAGCCUACAACCAGACUGCAGGUGUGUUCACAGCCCCCGUCAGAGGACUUUACUUCUUCAGCUUCACGGCAGCAGAUUACCUGAAAGGUUACAUGGGUCUCUACCUGUACCGGAACAGCCGGCCAAUCCUGUUCAACCUGGACCUGAACGACCACGGCGGCUACGCGUCCACGUCCAACGCCGUGGCUCUGCAGCUGGAGGAGGGCGACCGGGUGCGCCUCAGUCUGCCGGCCAGCUACCGGCUCUACGACGACUCCCGAAACUUCAGCGUCUUCUCCGGCUUCCUGCUGUUCGCCCUCUGACGGGACAGUCCCAGGAUCAGGGGUACGAGUAGGGUUGGGCAUCGAGAACCGAUUCCUACUCGGAAUCGGUUAAAAAAUUAGAGGUGUGAGAGAGUGUGUGUGUGUGUGUGUGUGUGUGUGUCUCUGUGUGUGUG